CAGGUAAAUGUAUAAUAUAUACAUUUCCCGUCAACCAGAUUUUCCAAAAGUUGAUUUAACAGAAAACAGGUCAUGUUAACAAGCGUUAACGAUUGCAAAUAAAAUGGAGGAGAAUUAUUUCUAUUGCUGAAUAUUUCUGGAAUUAUAAGUCUUUGAACAUUAAUUCUCGCUGUUAAAAUGUCUGGAUCGUUUCAAGAAUUUGCUAUUUCGUGUCAGGGAUGUCCGGAACAAAAUCCUAUCAAGGGUAGAUGCUUAACAUGUAAUUUGUUUAUGUGUAUGAAUUGUUGUAUUCUGCAUCAAGUGAACGAAUUGGACUUGUAUAAUCAGCACAAAAUUGUGGAUAUCGAGGUAACUGGUUCAACCGAGCAGAGGUAUGAUAGUAUUGUUAACUGUGAAACCCACCGACAGCGCGGCUGUGGUUUUUGCAAGCAAUGCGAAGAUGUCGUCUGCACAAUGUGCAUUUCGCAACCCCAUAAGGACCAUCCAAUAAUUGAUUUAGAUUCCGGUUGCACAUUUUCUCUUUACAAAUUAAAAGCUCGAAGUUCUAAAUAUCAAGAGAUUAUUGUCGACAUGUUUAGACACCAAAAUACAUUAGGGUCAAUAAAGCAAAGUGGUUAUUUAAAACUUGAAUCGGAAAUUCAGAAUAUUCAAAGACAAGGAAAGACUUUAAAAGAUACCAUAGACGCACACACAGAAAAGCUGUUACUCGAACUUAGUAUGAAAUGGGAGGCAAUAAAAAGUGAAAUUGAAGAAGAAGAGAAAAAGAUAAAUAAAUACGGAAUAGAAUUGGAAGAAAGAAAUAACAGUCUCACAAAUAUCGUCAAUUCUAAAAAUAAAAGCGCCGUGUUUGAAGCUGCGCGAACAGAACUGAGUUUUGAUAUAAGGAUAGACUUUCAGACGAAGUUUGAUUCUUUACCGGAAUUCAAUCCAGGAAAAGUAACCCAGUGCGGUAUAGAAUCGCUUUAUGGAAUUGUUAAAAAUGUUGAAGAACAAGACAUUCCUGCCAGUAUCUCGUUCAGUGUAUUGGAAAGUUAUGAAUCGAAAUUUCCGUCCAUUGGUAAUAUUGAAAACUGUUCUGACGGUUCUAUACUUAUGAAUGCAGAAAAAACAGACAUUUUCGAAGGUGAACUCCACCAUGUGAAACUUUUCAAUGGAACACUAGAGAAAAUACACGAAUUCGUUGUUAACUUUAAAAGUAUGGCAUUUCUGCCGUCCGGAGAUCUUUUAUUAUCUACUGAAGAGUCUAUUCUCUGCAGACUUUCUGCUGACAAAAAAUUAGAAAAAUCUAAGUACAGCGUGGCGCCAUUGAAAACAACCGCUGCUCUUCAUAUCACUAGCGAAGGCGAAAUUAUUGUUGGUGCCACCGAAGAUUAUUUGUACACAGGAGAUACACAGAUUAUUGUGAUGAACUUGUACGGAAAACACAUAAAAAAGUACAGUGUAGACAACAACAAGAAACCACUGUUCGAGGACGAUUCCACACCAUUCAAAGUUACUUCAGACAAGUCGAGGAAUAUUUACGUGAUAGACAAACGCAAGUAUCGUAAUGGAAGACUGAUUAUUUUGAGUGGAGACGAUAGUGACGCAGUUAAAUGCAUUUAUAAAGGUUCAGUAUCUUCUGACCAGGGAACCUUUACUCCUACUGACUUAGUAGUCACAGAAACGAAUCGAGUUAUUUUAUGUGAUGCUGCAAGCCUCACGUUACACAUUCUUAAUACUUCCGGCCGAUGUUUAGCAACUCAGAGUUUGAGAAAAUUGGAUAUCAAACACACACCAAAGUGCCUUGCCAUCGACCAUCGCGGAUUUGUUUUAUUAGGAUGUAGUGGGGGUUUGGGGAAAAAGAAUGCGAAACUCCAUGUCAUUAAAAUAUCAACAACGUGAAAUUCUAAAAGAUUAUAGAGUUGUAAACAUUCUUAACCGCUCGAUUUUUGUUACGUGGUAAUAACUUAUUCCGAUACACAUGAAGUGUUAUUUUGUCACAAGAAAAACAUAAAAGUUCUUUUCAUGUCUUUUAUUGCAUGUAGAAUAUUCUACCAUGAGUGUAAGACAUUAUGUACAAUUUCCUACACGAGUUACUGAUUUUUAGAAAGAAUAAAAAAAUUGUUAC